CGCCCCAUUGCUAUUCAAAAGGAAGCAGAAGAAAUGUUUGCAACUCUGUAUGUUCAUGACCCCAACGCUCUGGUGAAUCACGGUGGGAAGGAAAUCUUGUGCAAUGUUUCGGUAUCCAAUGUGGAGCUCAAGAAGCCAAUUAAAGCCCAGGUCACAGUAACAUUAGUGGGGACAUUUAGGAAAACUGAUGAGGACUGUCCUCGCUCCUGCUCAGGGAACAAGCAUCAAGACGAGUGUGAGAUGUGUGGGGGACUCGGCUCCCUCACUGGACGGUGCCAGUGGCGACAGGGACAUGGUGAAGGUAUCAGCAAAAACUAUUCUACCUGUACCCCUAGUAUCUCGACAUGCCCAGAUGGCAUCUGUGAUUCUGUGGAGACCAAAGAUCCAUCGAUCUGCCCCCAGGACUGCACAAAGCUGGAUAUCAUUGGUGGUCAUGAAAAAGGGAUUCCUGCUGGAAUUAAGGCAGGCCAUGGCACGUGUUAUUGCUUUCUCCCUAAC